AUGUAUCUAUCAAUAUUAAUAUUACCUUUAUUAGGUUCAAUAGUAUCAGGAUUAAUGGGACGAAAAAUAGGAGUAAGUGGUUCACAUAUUAUAACAUGUACUUGCUUAAUUUUAUCUUCAAUUUUAGCGAGUGUAGCUUUUUAUGAAGUAGGAAUAUGUGGUUCACCUCUCUCAAUUCAUUUAAAUAGUUGGAUUGAUUCAGAAUUUUUAUCUAUAUCUUGGGAAUUCUUAUUUGAUCAAUUAACUGAUUGUUCAAUGUUUAUACCUGUUCUAUAUAUUUCUUCUUUAAUCCAUAUAUUUUCAACAGAUUAUAUGUCUGAAGAUCCUCAUAAUCAGAGAUUUUUCUCAUAUUUAUCUUUAUUCACUUUCUUUAUGUUAUUAUUAGUCUCAGGUGCUAAUUAUUUUGUAAUGUUUGUGGGUUGGGAAGGAAUCGGUGUAGUAUCAUACUUACUAAUUAAUUUCUGGUUUACUAGAUUACAAGCAAAUAAAGCAGCUAUUCUAGCUUUAACUAUGAAUAGAGUCGGUGACAUGGGUCUUAGUAUAGGAUUCUUUGCAUUAUUUGCUUUAUUUGGAUCUAUAGACUAUGCCACUGUAUUUAGUUUAGCACCUUUUAUGAAUGAAACAGCUAUAACUAUUAUAGGUUUAUUACUUCUUACGGGAGCUAUGGCUAAAUCAGCUCAAAUUCCAUUACACUCUUGGCUACCAGGAUCUAUGGAGGGUCCUACACCAGUUUCAGCCUUAAUUCAUGCAGCUACACUAGUAACAGCCGGAUUAUACUUAUUAGUAAGAUCCUCACCAUUAUUAGAAUAUAGUAGUACUGCACUAUUAGUCAUAACUUUAGUAGGUGCCUCUACAGCCUUUUUUGCAGCCACAUGUGGUCUAGUACAAAAUGAUUUAAAACGAAUAAUAGCAUUCUCUACAAUAAGUCAGUUAGGUUAUAUGGUAAUGGCUGUUGGUCUUAGUCAAUAUAAUGUAGCAUUAAUGCAUGUGGUUAACCAUGCUUUCUUCAAAGCAUUAUUAUUCUUAGGAGCUGGUGCAGUAAUUCAUAGUUUUGCAGAUCAACAAGAUGUAAGGAGAUUUGGAGGUUUAAUAAACUUCUUACCCUUUACCUAUACAUGUAUGUUAGUAGGAUCUUUAUCAUUACUAGCUACACCAUACUUAACUGCCUUUUAUUCUAAAGAUCUUAUUAUUGAACUAGCUUAUGCACAAUACAGCUUCAGUGGAACUUAUGCUUUCAUCUUAGGUAGUUUAACUGCUGGUUUAACAGCAUUUUAUUCAUUUAGAUUAAUUUCAUUAGUAUUCUUAACAGUUCCUAAUGGGUCACGAAAUGCUUACUUAAAUGCUCAUGAAGCAAAUUUAGCCGUAAUAAUUCCAUUGUUUAUACUAGCUUUAUUUAGUAUUUUCUUUGGUUUUGUAUUUUCUGAUUUAUUUGUAGGAAUAGGUUCAGAUUUCUUCGCUAACUCUUUAUUUAUUCAUCCUAAUAAUAUUUCUAUUAUUGAAGCUGAAUUUAGUUUACCUAUUUUUAUUAAACUAUUACCUGCUAUUUUAUCUUUAUUUGGUGCUUCUUUAGCUAUUUUAUUAUACCAUUAUACUCCUAAUUUUGUUAUAGAACUAACAGAUAAUUCUAUAGGUAGAAAAAUUUAUACAUUUUUAAAUGGUAAAUAUCUAUUCGAUGUAGUUUAUAAUAACUAUAUAAUUUCAGGUGGAUUACAUCUAGGUUACAUGAUAUCAAAAGUAUUAGAUAGAGGUGUGAUAGAACUAGUUGGACCAUACGGAUUAUCUAAUACUUUAACAAAUACUGGUAUUAAUAUUGGUAAAUUAGAUACUGGAGUAGUAACAACUUAUUCACUAUAUAUUACUUUAGGUCUACUAUCUUUAUUAUUCUUAGUAUUUGCACCUAUAUUAAUAGAUACUUCUUUAUUUAGUGAAAUUAGAUUAGUUAUUAUUUAUCUUGCAGCUUUAGUAUUAGUUCUAUCUCCUUCUUUAAAAUAA